UUUGCAAAAAAAUUCUUUUCACGUCGAUUAUUGGAAAGAGCUAUACUCUGCAAAAGGCCUUUGCUUCGUCCGGAAAUAUAAACAAAUAAAAAUUUUUCUUUAUUUAAUCGACAAGUUAAAAUGUCAUUAUUUGGUGAUGAAGAUGCCGUCAAUGAUUUGUUGAAUGAUGACUUGCGUAAUUAUGACGAUUUGCCUGGAGAUAAUGAAGAUGAAACACAAUUAUUUGAUACCAAAGAUGAAAAUUCGGAUGGUGUUAAAGUUGAACCAAAAAAACGCCUUGUACGUAAUCCGAGAUUACGAUUAACCGUUGAAACUUUGAGCGGUCCCAGAGGAAUACAUACUUUAGAGGAUUAUUUCGAGAAAAUUGUAUACAAAGGUAAAGGCUAUGAAAAGCAAGAUUUAGAUGAGAUAAUGAAACGUUUACAGCAUUGGGGACAUCGUAUGUACCCAACCUAUAAAUUUGAUGAUGUUCUUAGCAAAAUUGAAGUAUUGGGCAAAAAAAAACCUUUACAAGUGCAUAUGUCGCGCUACCGUUUAGGCUUAUUGGAAAGUCUGAAACAAACUGAUAAAAACGUUUCUGAAGAAGAGAAAGAAAUUGAAGAGGAGACCGACAUACCGGUUAAUGAUGUAUAUGACGAAUUCGAUGCUUUAUUAGAUGAACAAAUUGCUAUUUCUAAAAUAGCGCCCCGCACACCUCAACCAAGCAGCAGUAAAUAUACAACUGAAGGUGAUUCCUUCAGUAGUAUUAACUUCACAACACCUAGCUUUUCUAAAGACAAUGCGGCGAUGUCUACUCCUUAUACACACGGGGAUAAUUUUAAUAAUAAGGCUAAUCCUUUACCACAAACUCAAGCAACUACGGGACAAAUAAUAAAGGAACUCACAUCUGACCAAAUGGCGCGCAUUGCUGAAAAUCGUCGUUUGGCUCAAGAACGAUUAGCUAAGCGUUUGGAACAGCUCAAAGAGCAACGUGCUGGCAGUUCAUGAUUAGAAGAAAAUAAAGUAAGCUGUAGUAACAAGGCAUCUUCCAAAAGAGAAACAUAAAAAGUCUGUGAAUACAGUGCACAGUGCAUUUUCAUUUUGUCAUUAACAUUAACCUC